AUGGCGCCCAUCAUUAUGGAUUUGCUGCAACACGGUUGCAAGGUCGUGCCUCCUUACAUUCGGACCCCAAGGGAUGACAUAAACUCCGAGAAUUCAGACGACAUGCACAAGUCUCUCACCAAGAGGGCGGAGACAGACCAGUGGUCUGAUUGGCUUGGCGAGCAAAUAUGCACACCAGCCAAGAAGACAGCGCCGACUUCCCUUGACCAGCUCGUGGAUAUUAUUGACGACGCUCGUGCCAACAAACAACGCUUGCGGGCUGUCGGAUCCGGGCACUCCACGUCCGACAUCACUCGCACUGAUGGGGCUGUCCUGGUUGAUCCACACCAAAUGGCUGAGGUACUGGAUAUUGAUACUGCCACUCUUAGCACGCACGGCACCGAUAUGUCUCUGAUUCGAAUUCAAAGUGGCAUACUUAUCAAAGAUCUCAACCAGCAGCUGGAUAGCCGAGGCCUCGCGUUGGUCCAUAUGCCUGCCUACGACGGGCAGACAAUAUCUGGAGCCAUGAGUACCGGAACUCACGGCUCUGGUGCGAAGUGGGGACCAAUGGCCAGCAUGUUACGAUCGAUUGUGAUGGUGGUCGAGAACGGGACCGUACUCCAGAUCGAGCCAGCCAGCGGCGCCAUCACCGACCCAGCCAAGUUCCCCGGCAGGCUUUCUGAAGCUCCGGGAGUUCCUGUGGUUCUCGUACAGGAUGACGACUGGUUCAAUGCUGCGCAAGUCUCCAUGGGCUGUUUGGGUGUCAUCUACUCGUACACGAUCGAAGUGACAGCCGCGUUUCAUGUCUCGGAGAAUCGUACCGCGGUGCGAUGGGAGGACAUCAAGGGUCAGUUUGCAUCUGAGAAUUUCAAUCCACUGCCGGCCCCAUUGGCGGACUGGGAUCAUUUCGAAUUGGUCGUAAGCCCAUACGCAAGCGACGACGACAACAAGCACCCGUGUGUGUGGAUCGAGCGUGCUCGCGUGGGCAACACACCCAAGCGCGGCGCAAGGCAGGAUUUCUGGGGUCGCAUACUGGAGGAUCUCGGUAUUUUAUUCACAGGCGUACUGGAUGACAUCCUGAACAUCUUUCCGCGGCUAGCUCCCUCCUCAAUCAACGCCGCUAUGGAGUCGCUGAAAACUGACGACGCGCCGUACAUUGACAGCAGCUACGUUGUCUUCAAGGUGCUGGACUCGGAACUUGAGCUCAAAGCCCAUGCAAUCGAGCUUCAUUUCGAAGCCAACAAUCUCGUCACGACCAUUGACACACUGAUGUCCACAUUCCAGACCCUUGCAGAUCAGAAAAACCUGUAUGUUGCCGGACCGAUUGGUAUUCGAUUCAUCGCCGCAUCAAAAGCGCUGCUUGCACCCCAGACAGGCCGGCUCACGGUCACGGCAGAGAUGUCCAACAUUGUGGGCAUCAAGAAGGGGGUGGAGUUGCUUCAGGAAGUGAAGAGUGCCAUGUCUUCGGCAGACAGGUCCAUUCGAGUGCACUGGGGCUUGGAUCUUGACACUGUUACGGCGCAGGACGUGCGCGAUUGCUCUUUCCGAUUCUGGUCGCCUAACGAUGUUGAGGCUGGUGCGACCUUCUUCACCGUGCUCGAUUUGGCUUUGACAGCUAUGCUUUGUCCCUUUUUGUUUAGCGCCAGGGGAAACAGCCUGUGCGCAGAAUUCUGUGGCUGCCACGUGUCGGUGAUCAACUGCCGGAGAGAGCGACGCCAAGAGCAGUUUGCAUUCACUACAAUGAUGUGUACUGGGCGCCUCCAGUUUGCAUAUGGCCCUUAUCACGUCCUGCUUUCAAUAGUGUUUCGCUUGUUGUGUGGUCGCGCCGCAUAUGCGCAUAACAUCACCAGGUUGAUCGACGAAAGACAGAAAUUGUCCGCGGCCCGGCUCAUCACCAUCACCACCACACUUCGUUUUGCCCACAAAAUGCUGCAAAAUGAAACGGGCACGCCUCCCAAGAUCGAGAUACAGUCACUGCCCAAGCCAAAGCCCGGGCCAAAUGACGUGCUCGUCCGGCUGAACCUCACUUCGCUCUGCGGCACGGACUGCACACAGGCCGCAGGCCACCUUGGGCCCACGAAAUCCGUGCUGGGCCAUGAGGGCAUCGGCCGUGUCGAGCUUCUGGGAAGCAACGUCGCAUCGUUCGACCCAAGCAUCGAAGUGGGCCAGCGUGUGGGCGUGGCAUGGACGCGGGACUUUUGUGGUAGCUGUGCAUUCUGCACCAACCUCGCGCAGGACGGCGAGACGCGGUGCGCCCUGAAGCCACACUCUGGAACCGCCGUGGAGGGGACUUUUGCGCAAUACACGCUCGUCCCUGCGCGUUAUCUGCUGAAGAUUCCUGACGACCAGUUCGGCGAUGUUGCAGAUGAGAUUGUGGCGCCGGUGCUAUGUGGUGGUGUCACGGCUUACAAGGCGAUCAAAUCAAUUCCUGGCUUGACCCCAGGCCAGUGGAUCGUGGUCAGCGGCGGAGGUGGUGGUGUCGGCGCGUUCGCCGUUGCCUUCGGCAAGGCGAUGGGAUAUCGCGUCAUUGCGACUGAUGCAGGUCCUGGCAAGGGAAAAUACGCCAUUGAGGAGGGCGCGGAGCACUACGUCGAUAUCACUUUGCCCGAGGCCUCGGCUGCCGGUGUUGGCGAGGUGGUCAAGAAACUGACCGCGGGCUUGGGCGCAAGCGCAGUGAUAGUGUGCGCAGGAGCACCGGCAGCGUAUCAGUCCGCUCUGGAAAUGCUGGCUCCGUUUGGCACGCUGAUGUGUGUUGGAAUCCCACCUCCGAACGGAGUAUUUUCUGUACAUCCCUUGAUGUUCAUCGCAUCUGGGUGGAGGAUUAUGGGGUCUGCGGUUGGUACGCGCCGAGACACUCUGGAGGCGUUGGAAUUCAUCAAGAGGGGUCUGGUCAAGCCCAAGGUACAAUGGGCCGAGCUGGAGCGAUUAUCCGAACUGAUGGAUGAAGUCAGCAAGGGCAAGGUAAGUGAUCUUAAGAAGGCAAUCUGUCCAGAAUGA